UCGCGUUUUCAGUGUCAUCUGAGACAAGUAGUGUUAACGAUCUGUAGCGCGGGAACAAAAACUCGUUGAGUUCUUAAUUGUUCUUGAUUUACAGGAGAAUGUGUGAGUAAAUAUAUUCCCCUUCAAAGCAUCACGUGCACGAUACGGCAGGAUGACGUAAGGAUAUGCGUGCUACACGAUAGCGCGCGUGUUUAUUCCUUUUCAUUAUCUCAAGUUGUAUUGUAUCUGCAAGCAUUGGAGUGGUUGGAAUUAGAGUAGUCAGGAAGGUAUUAGAGUAGUUAGACGAAAUUGUGUCAAAAGUGAUAAUUUGGUAGAAACAGGAUUUUAUACGCCAGCCUCGUGUCCGAAUGCGUAACGCGCAGUACUCGUAGUCAGUAUUUAUUUAAUUUAGUCUAAAAAUGUAAUUGAAGCAAUCUGCAUGGCAAUCUUUAAUACAGAGCGACACGCCAAAUUCGGCGGCCGUGGCCAGUUAAAUUUUCACACGUAAGUUUCGCACGGUGAUUGCGUAACGAUCGUGACGGGUAAUAGGCUUAUUUGACGUGGCCAAAGUGUUAAUAAGCUUAAAUUUCCCGUUGUUUGCAUAAUAAGAAGAGGCAUGAGUGCGUGCAACACGCAUGUCUAUGUCGAUGUUCACAUGCGAGGAACGCUUGGAAUGCGAGCAAACUUGAAGACUACGUCCGACUACAGUGAGGCGACCAUGAAGGAAGUCCAGGAGCAGCAGCAGCCCGAGUCAAUGGAAUCCAACGAGUCGGUUUCCGGCUCGAACGAAUACGCCUACCGACCGCUCACGACGAAACACAGAAGGGCUGGUAGUACCGGAACAACCGGUGAUGAGGAAUACACCACGGACGAGGAUGAGCUCUACACGGAUGAAGCUGAUUGCGGCACGUUACAUCCACCGCAUCCUAUUCUCAAAUCGGACCUCGCGAGAGCAGCUACGGAUCUCUUUGGAUAUGCCACGAAGCGCGAGGACGAGGAGGAUGAGCCCACUAGUCUAUUCGACGAGGAUGACAACAAGUUCCUAGAUGAUAGUUCCAACUCAACCAAAACCACUUCACUAUUCGCGUACAACGAAAAACUACAAGGUGUCCUGUCGCGACAUCGAAAUUCAUCGGAAGAGAAGAAUUCCGUGAUGCCCUGCGAAAAGCUGAAAUCUCACGAACUGGAAGUCUCGGAAUCUCAAGCUCAGCAUACGAAACCUUUGGAUUUUCGAUUGAACAAAACUGAGUCUGCGGGAGAAGCUAGCGAUGAGAAAGCCAAUGCGAAUUUGAAAAAAGACAAUUCUCUCGAAUCAUCCAAGGGACUCCCUCUUCCUAAAGAUACGCAGUCGGAAGAAUCAUCGAAGCAAGAAUUACUGUGCGAUCCUAAAAAGUCCAAUGGCCCGCCAUCGCCUACCACUCUUCAAUGGGAAAGAGCAGUGGCUGAAGUAAAGGAGCACGCGGUGGCGAAGUUGCAGGAAGAGCUUAAAAGGGCUCAUGAAGAAUUGAAAUUGAAGGACGAGGAGGUGGCUAGACUUUCGCGGAUUAGGCAGGAUGUAGAGACUGAACUCGAGGAACUCACUGCCAGUCUUUUUCAAGAGGCACAUAAUAUGGUUCGGGAAGCUAACGUACGUCAGGCGACGGCGGAGCGACUCCUGGAAGAGAGCCGUAUGAAAGCGGAAGUACUCGCGGCCGAAGUAGCAGCUUUAAAAACUUUGGUGCUUACGUCUACACCGUCAAGGCCCAAUCCACAUUUGCAUCCUCAAAUCGACACCAAGGGACGCAUUAGUAACGGGGAAGAGGGUCAGCAGGGACUCUUUACAAAGAAACAUCGAAGGUCGCCGUCGCAUUUCAAUUUAAAGUAUGGACGAGAGAAUUCGCCGCCUGAGUCUCCUGUAAAGGAACAAAAACCGCCUUUGCCGACCGACAAGGAGACCCUCGAGAGGGAUUGGAAACGUGAUCGUGAGAAGGAUAAGGAAAGAGAAUGCAAGGACUUUGGUCUGGAAGUCGAUCCGAGAGUUCAUACGGAAUUUUUGAGGUGGAAGGCGAAUCCUUGCGUCGACAAGAGCGAUCCCUUCGUUGCGAGGGUAUUCAGGGAGGAUAUCGAUCUCUGCUUGGACUUUCCGAAUAAAGAAUUGGGAGCCAAGGUCAGGCAAGCCGUUUUGGAUGGCAUCAUAUUUAUCGAGGCGGUUAGCGACAAAACGAAACUCGCUUUUCCCAAAAAAUGUGCGUUGUUGGAGGCACCACGACAGUGUCACUAUCGUAUGCGACUUGGUGAUCAAGAAAACCAGUGGCAUUGCAUUUCUCAGAUCUGUCGCAAUCGAAUUAUAGCAGUGUGCGACUUUCUUAAUUAUCUGAGAUACGUCGAGCGUGGUCUUGUCAAAAGUUCAGUUCACGAUGUUUACUGGGAGAUCACGCGGCUGAGGAAAGAAAUGGUUUUCGCACGAUUGGGUCUGGCAUUGUCGUCCUGAGGGUCGCGUAGACGGGAUGUCAUCUAGUCUCGAAUCAAUUCGAGCCAAGAGUUUAUUAUCCGGAAAUAGUAUCAGUCCGUGAAAAAUCGUGCAGAAUAAUUUAGCGACGCCAUUGUCGUUUAUCGGCCUUUUGUGCAGCGAAGGGGAGAGUGCAAUGUUGCAAUAUAUAUCUUUGAGAUAUAUAUUUAAAGUCUCUCUAAUUCUGUAAAGUAAUUCUGAUGAUAAUACAACGAUGUUUCUAAGAAAUUUACGUGCCAUUUAGAAAAUUGUAUUAUAUGACGUAAAAAGUAGGUGUAAUUUAUCGACGGACCUUCCUCUUUUGAUUAUAAUAUUUCAUAGCGUGAUUAAUAAAAUUAAUUUACAUAUAAUUCAAUUUAUUACUAUAAAAUAUUUUUAUUUUUUUGAUUAAAAAGAAUUAAGUGUAUUAUUAAUUUUGCAAUAAAACGUUAAUUUUUCGCACGUAAAUUUUUUCGAAACAUUGCUGAAUUAGUGCCGCCUAUGGCAGGUUCUAGAUUUAAUUAUUUACGAACAAGCUGUAAGCCGGCAAUGAAGCUGAUUACGAGGCUGUGAAUGAUCUUGACAUGCGGAUCAGACAUUGUCGAUGGCUCUCCUAAACGAAAAAUGUAAAUAAUAAGAAAGAUUUUUGAGAUAUUGUGUCAUGUUUUUGUGAAAGUUUAACGUCGACGGACUUGUUAGACUUCAUGCGAAUUAUGGCGGUUCCAGUUCUGUAGCUGUUGAUUCCAUGAAAUAGUUAACGGUUAACAAUCAUACUAUAUAUCACUUGACGUCGUGGUUUGGUAUUAACAUCGAAGAGAGGAAAAAUUAUACUUAACUAAUUCCUUAUAUUUGUGUUUUUCUUACGGUUCAGUUCUUUUUUUUAUUUGCCGUCGCGUGUCAGGUCGUAGUGAUUUUGUUAUUUUAUUGUGUUAAUUUAUCAAUGUUAUAUGUUGUGUUAAUUGUUAAUCUGACUAAUGGCUUCCGUUAAAUACAUGUCUGCCAGUGAUCGUAUAAAUUUAUUAAAAUUUUUAAGUAACUGUACCAUGCCAUCGAGAAAAAUUGUCAUCUAAACUUCCGAUUAGUUGAUACUUAUUGUUGAAUUACAAUGAUUAUAUAUAUUUUCAACAUUAUUACUCAUAGAGAAGAGCUGUAUCUAUGUGGACCAUUUGAAUCUUCAAAUUCUUAGUGUAAAUAUUAUAGAACUUGAUGGAACUUCUCUCAUGUCACACAUAAUGUCUAUACGUCUAUAUCAUAAUGCGUCCGGUUAUACGGAAAAUAUUUGUUUCUACUCUAUAAAUAUUAGUCUGACAUAUUGCAAGAUUGCAAGUGUACAUUCUUUCAUAGAGAUUACGUUAAUACAUCAAUCAAAACUGACAUUUGUCAGUAUCUCCUGAUUGUAUAUACAAAUAUAUGUAUAAUAUAUAUUUUGUUUACUGCGAAAAAAAUAUUCACAACUCUAAAUUUAAUAAUAUGAUAAUUAAAUUUUUCGAGAUAAAUUAUCUGUGCAAUAAUUUUCAGGUUAAUUUGCUCGAUAACUCGAAGCAUCGAAACUGUUAAGAGUGAUCAAUAUACAUAGAUAGAUAAUUAUUUUGACAGCGCAAAGAUUUUUAUUUCCUCUGUUGUCUUCCAUUAUUUAUCGUGUUCGAUAUGAAACGUGCGAAAAGAAGCGAUUAUGUGAUGAUUGGUCGUCAUUUCGAAUUAUGCCAAACGUACAUGUGGCCAACGAAAACGGACAACGUUCUCUCAAAUGUUAUGGAACGUAGUAAAAAGACUUCUUGUAAGCAUUUCUCUUGUGAAUAGAAAAUUAUGUCAACUGUAUAUCAAAUGUAAAUAGAGUCUUCUAACAUUACUCGAAAUAGAAACUUGUAUUUAAAAACGAAAUAAAAAUAAUCGCUAUUGUAAAAAAAAA